CGCACAAAUCAAACGCGCGUGUUGUUCUAGUCUACUUGCUCUGCUUGUUUGUGCAAAAGCACGUUAUUGAGGUGGCAUAUUAAAGACACAUAAAGAAACGACCACCUAUGGAUUUACCCUGUCCAGACUGGAUCAGGCAUGCGGAACAGAUUUGGAGUCGGUUGGAUCCUGAGCAACAAAAAAGGUUCUCCGUCCAGUCCGACAUAGACGAAAUAUUUGUCUUUGGACAGUCACAGACAACGGCCGAGGAUGUCCAGGUCCUGUCCGGUAUCGGCACCACCUAUCCUGUGCAAAAGUGCGCACAGAGUGCUGGGCGCUGUAGAGAGAGAGGCAACAGCAGUUUCAAAGCUAAAGACUACACGUCUGCUACGCUGCACUACUCACAGGGUUUGUGCCACGCCCCGGGGGACUCUGAGCAGCUGGCCCUGUGCUAUGCCAACCGAUCGGCCGCCCUGUUUCACCUCGCCAGCUACCAGGAGAGUCUGGAGGACAUCGGCCGAGCGCUGGCACACGGCUACCCCGCUCAGCUGCAGCCAAAGCUCCUCACCAGGAGAGAGCAGUGCCAGGCCUUCAUUCGGGCACAGCCGCCUGGGCAGCAGACGGGCACGGUGGCACCAACCGCCAUCACAGCAGGAGUAAGUCUGCGUGUCAGCCUGGAGAAAGGGCGCCAUCUGGUGGCCACGGAGGGGAAGUGCGCUGGAGACGUGCUGCUGGAGGACCAGGCCUUCAGCUGUGUGCUGAUCCCAGGAGAGGUGCUCUUGGGUGGACCGGAGGGCAGGACCAAGCAGGGAGCAGAAGGGCCAAAAGGGGCAUUUGGCUCGGAGGACCGCUGCUGCCACCGCUGCCUGUGCCCCACGCUGUGCCCGGUGCCCUGCCCCGGCUGCAGCUACACGCGCUACUGUGGGCAGCGGUGCCAACAGCAGGCCUGGCAGGAGCACCAUCGCUGGGAGUGCCCCCUAGGGGCAGAGCUGAGAGCCGCAGGCGUCCUGGCUCAGCUGGCACUGCGGGUGGCACUGAAGGGUGGCCUGCGGCAGGUCAAGAGGGCGCGAGGGUCAGAGGUCAAGGCUAGGAGCCAGUCAAAGCAGGAAGUGCCUGAGGAGGUGAAGGAGAGGGAGAGCAAUGAUGAGAAAGAGAACACAUGUGGUCAAAACACCACAUCGCCCUCUGCUGGACAAACCAAGUCAGUGCUGCCAAGCAGUGCUUCCAUACAGAUGUCUGACCUCUGUGUGGGUUGUCAUGGUGAUGCUUAUCAGUAUGUCUACAGUCUGUUGCCACACGUGGAGGGACACGCCCCAAGUCUGCGAUUCCUUUAUGCCAUUACCAUAGCAACACUGUACCAAUUACUGCAGCAGGCAGGGCCUCCUCCAUACUCUUGGGGAGGCGUGGACUACGGGACUGACAGCUCUGAUGGCCAAUCAGCAUGUGAGGAUCCUGUGGCUGGAGAAUGGAAUCCAGAAUUAAGCAUGCUGGGAGCUACAGCUCUGAGACAUCUUCUACAGCUGAGGGCUAACGCCCAGGCCAUCACUACUGAGAGAGUAUCAGACAAGUGUGGAGCGGCGGUACAGGCCAGCCAAGAGAUCCGUGUCGCCACGGCAAUCUUCCCCACUCUCAGCCUCAUGAACCAUGCCUGUCGACCCAACACCAGUGUGACCUUUGACCCGGGGUACGGUGGGCGUGACCCAGAUGGGGCCCCACCCCUCAUCACGUCUGUCACAGGGGUCUCCGUCACAGUUCGCGCCGCGAGGGACCUGACUGCUGGAGACGAGCUACUGCACUGCUACGGUCCCCACUGCAGCAGGAUGAAGGUGCAGGAGCGACAGCGCCUCCUCCUGCAGCAGUACCGCUUUACGUGUCAGUGUGAGGCCUGCCUGCAGGACCUGCAGUCACCACCAGAGGGCUCCCACGCCAGCACGCACUACAAGUGUCCCAAAUGUGGCAGAGCUCUGCAGACGGGAGCUGGUGUUUAUGUGUGUGUGCGUAAGGGCUGCUCAGGGCAGCUGUCCAGUAAGGAUGUGGAGCAGACCCUGCAGGUCAUCAGAGGACGUCUGGAUCAGGCCCUGGAGCUGCUGGACCUGGACAGGCCAGAUGAGGCCCUCAGGCUUCUCCAGGAAGCUUUGAGCAGGGCAAAGCGCCACCUGCUGGACACACACCAACUGCAGGGGAAACUCUCUGAUACAACUGCCAGAGCCUACGCAAGCAUGGGUAACUGGUGUGAGGCGGCCUCCCACCUGAGCCGCAGUGUGUCGUGGGUCCGCGGGCAUUUUGGAGCGGACAGUGUGGAGGUGGGACAGCAGCUCUUCAAACUGGCACAGCUGCACUUCAACGG